AAGUGUGAGGCCGGAAGUUGCGUAAUCUGUCGGCGCCCGCCCGGUGCUUGGUGAGCGUUCCUACGGAGCGCGGAGCUGCUGCCAUGGCUUCCAGUGGGACAGGCGUGACAGCUGCGGGCUCAGCAAAUGAAGCUCCCGAAAUUCCAGACAACGUGGGGGACUGGCUUCGGGGCGUCUACCGCUUCGCCACCGACAGGAAUGACUUCCGGAGGAACUUGAUUCUCAAUUUGGGACUCUUUGCUGCUGGAGUUUGGUUGGCCAGAAAUUUGAGUGACAUUGACCUAAUGGCACCUCAGCCUGGGCUCUAGCCUGUGAAGACACAUGGAACCCCUGUGCUGUACUCGACCCCUUCAAAAACAGCCUCCAAUCUGUGACCAUCACAAGACUUGUCCUGCUGGCGGCUGAAGUUUGAUCCAGAGGGCACCUUCCCUUCCCUGCCUUCCUUCUCUUUGCUGAGUCCACUCAGGACACCCUUCUCUGGUCAGCAGGCAGCCUUCAGCUAAAGUGUUGUCUUCUGUUCUGUAAAAUGCUGUACAUAGUUACUAAGUUUCUGCAGGGGAUUAUCUUUGCUCUUGUCCUGAGGAAUAAUCUAAUGGUAUUUUAACAAAUAAAGCGUGUACACAAAGA